CGAUGAAGGAGUCCUGGAACGGACCUCAAAUUGACACUUGUGUUAGAGAUCGCUCUCGUCGUUUGUAACAUUUCAGCGCUAUAAUCUCGAGUGGUUGAAAUAGCACCCGACUAGAUAUCAGAGAUCGAACUCUUUGAUCGGUUGUGACUUAGAAGAUUUUCGAUUGAGCUGUGUUCAUUCCGCGGAUUUUCCUGAGAACGCAACAACAAGAUAAAUGAAUGACCGAUAGUUGUGAUCGUUUAGGGGCGGUGUAGUUGGGGGGUGCCGUGAGCGUGGUGAGUAGCAGCGGAGCGUGAGCAGCGUGCAGAAUGGCGACAAUUGAUGGUCGUCCGGCGCAAUAUGGCGUCACGCUCAAACAACUGCGCGAGCUUAUGGAGUGUCGUGGUCCCGAGGGUGUGGAGCGCAUCCAGCAAGAAUAUGGCGGCACCCUCGAGAUAACGAAGAGGCUCUACUCAUCAGCCACGAACGGACUGACAGGAAAUGAAAGCGAUUUAGAACACCGAAGACAAACGUUUGGUUCGAAUGUUAUUCCGCCUAAGCCUGCAAAAACAUUCCUAACACUAGUAUGGGAAGCAUUACAAGAUGUCACCCUUAUUAUCCUCCAAGUCGCAGCAGUGGUUUCUCUAUGCCUAUCCUUUUACAAACCACCGUCAGAUCAAUCAGGAGUUGGUCAGCAUGAUGAGGGAGAGGAGGAAGCAGGAUGGAUUGAGGGUGUGGCCAUUCUUAUAUCUGUCGCAGUUGUCGUUUUUGUGACAGCCUUUAAUGACUACACUAAAGAGAAGCAGUUUCGCGGUUUGCAAAACCGUAUAGAGGGCGAGCACAAAUUCUCAGUUAUACGUGGUGGAGAACUUCAACAGAUUGGAGUCGGAGAUAUCGUUGUUGGGGAUAUAUGUCAAAUCAAAUAUGGUGAUUUGUUACCAACAGAUGGAAUUUUAAUACAAAGUAAUGACCUGAAGGUGGAUGAAUCUUCGUUAACGGGAGAAUCAGACCACGUUAAGAAAGGGGCUGACGUUGACCCUAUGGUGCUCUCAGGUACACAUGUAAUGGAGGGUAGUGGGAAGAUGUUGGUGACAGCUGUUGGUGUUAAUUCGCAAGCUGGUAUAAUUUUCACACUUCUUGGAGCUGCUGCUGAUGAAGAAGAAGUAGAAGCAAAGAAGAGAAAAAAAGAGGCAAAAAAGCAGCGGAAAAAACAGAAGAAGGGCGACUUAGGACAAGAGUUGAUUGACGCCAAUCCUAACAAACAAUUUGCUGAGGGAGGAGCAGUGACAGGAAAUUCUCACCAUGCCACGUCCAAUUCUGCAAAUGCUGAUGGUGAUGUUAGAAAUAGUAAACAUCCUAAAGAAGAAGAUGGUGGAGGAGGUGAAGAGGAGUCAGGAGGUGGUGGUGGAGGUGGAGGUGGAGGCCAUGAAAAAUCAGUGCUACAAGCAAAGCUCACCAAGUUAGCAAUUCAGAUUGGUUAUGCUGGUUCUUUCAUUGCUGUGCUGACUGUUGUGAUUCUGAUUCUCCGUUUUUGCGUACAAACUUUUGUUGUGGAGGGCAAAGAUUGGGAUCCAUUUUAUGCCAAUCAUUUUGUGAAGUUCUUCAUUAUUGGUGUUACUGUGUUGGUGGUAGCAGUUCCGGAAGGUCUGCCAUUAGCUGUUACGUUAUCGCUUGCUUACUCUGUUAAGAAAAUGAUGAAGGACAACAAUUUAGUACGUCAUUUAGAUGCCUGUGAGACCAUGGGUAAUGCAACUUCCAUUUGUUCAGACAAGACUGGUACUCUCACUACAAAUCGUAUGACAGUUGUGCAGUCUUUUGUAUGCGGUGAAGACCACAAAACUACUCCAAAAUAUGAUUCACUGCCUCACCAUGUUGCAGACUUGAUAGUUCACGCCAUUAGUAUCAAUUCUGCUUACACUUCACGUGUUUUACCAGGAGACAAUCCAGGAGACCUCCCAAAACAGGUUGGCAACAAAACAGAAUGCUCCCUGUUGGGUUUUGUUUUGGAUCUUGGUAAAAGUUAUCAGGCGAUCCGUGAUGAAAUUACAGAAGAAAACUUUCAUCGUGUUUAUACAUUCAAUUCUGUGCGGAAGUCCAUGUCCACAGUGAUUCCCAGAGAGGGGGGUGGAUUUCGCAUUUACACAAAAGGUGCCUCAGAAAUUGUUAUGAAGAAAUGCUCUUUCAUUUAUGGCAAAGAUGGGAAGUUAGAAAACUUCUCAAAGCCAAUGCAAGAUCGUUUGGUUCGAGAAGUCAUUGAACCUAUGGCUUGUAAUGGUCUUCGCACAAUAUCAGUUGCUUAUAGAGAUUUUGUUCGGGGGAAAGCAGAAAUUAAUCAGGUACACUUUGAUUCAGAACCCAAUUGGGACGAUGAAGAUAACAUUAUCAGCAAUUUGACGUGUAUCUGUGUAGUAGGGAUCGAAGAUCCAGUAAGACCAGAGGUGCCUGAUGCAAUUCGCCAGUGCCAGCGGGCGGGCAUAACUGUCCGCAUGGUGACUGGUGAUAAUAUCAAUACUGCACGGUCAAUUGCCACAAAGUGUGGCAUCCUAAGACCGGGUGACAACAGUCUUAUUUUAGAAGGAAAAGAAUUCAAUAGAAGAGUUAGAGACUCCACAGGAAAAAUACAACAACAUUUGAUAGAUAAAGUAUGGGUGAACUUGAGAGUUUUGGCGAGAUCGUCCCCCACUGACAAGUACACUUUGGUGAAAGGCAUCAUAGAAAGUAAAGUUAGCGCCAAUAGGGAGGUUGUAGCAGUCACAGGAGAUGGGACAAAUGAUGGUCCUGCUCUCAAAAUGGCUGAUGUGGGCUUUGCAAUGGGUAUUGCGGGUACUGAUGUAGCAAAAGAAGCAUCAGAUAUCAUCCUAACUGAUGACAACUUCACUUCCAUUGUGAAAGCUGUCAUGUGGGGUCGCAAUGUAUAUGAUUCCAUUGCAAAGUUCUUGCAAUUUCAACUUACUGUAAAUGUUGUUGCUGUUGUUGUGGCAUUUGUUGGUGCGUGUGCCAUCAAUGAUAGCCCUCUUAAGGCUGUACAAAUGUUGUGGGUAAACCUUAUCAUGGACACUCUGGCUUCCUUGGCUUUGGCAACAGAAGCUCCAACGCCAGAUCUACUACUCCGAAAACCCUAUGGCCGCACUAAACCUCUCAUCUCUCGCACCAUGAUGAAGAACAUCCUUGGCCAAGCCGUGUACAUGAUUUGUGUUAUAUUUGUUUUGUUAUUUUAUGGCGAUUAUUUGUUAGAUAUAGACUCUGGACGUUAUGCUGACAUCCGUGAUCCACCCUCCCAGCACUUUACCAUCAUCUUCAAUACUUUUGUCAUGAUGACUCUCUUCAACGAAAUAAAUGCACGGAAAAUUCAUGGGCAGCGCAACGUUUUCCAGGGAUUCUUUACAAAUCCCAUUUUUUACAGUAUCUGGCUUAGUACAUUGGCAAGCCAGAUUGUGAUAGUGCAGUUUGGUGGAAUGGCUUUUUCUACAAGGGCCCUCACAUUAGAGUUAUGGUUAUGGUGUGUUCUUUUUGGGAGUGGAGUACUUCUCUGGGGGCAACUUGUUACGUCCAUUCCCACCAAAAAAUUACCCAAAAAUGUAUUCUCAUGGGGUUCUGGUGAGCCAGCUACAGAUCCUAUUGCUGACUUCAGCAAUGAAGACAAGUUGGAUUCAGACGGAAAGGACAGCAAGCGUACGGGUCAGAUCUUGUGGAUCCGUGGCUUGACGCGACUACAGACUCAGGUCAUUGGAGGCACGUUGCAGGAGCGGCUGAUACCCGUACCGUAUAGCAAGACCUCCACAGACCAGGCUAUUCGAGUAGUUAAUGCGUUUCGACAGGGGCUUGAUGCUCGGCCUUCCAACCCGAACCUGGCAGCGGUCCUGAAGAAGCAGUCGUCCUUGAGUAAGAGGUUGUCCCAGGGGUCUUCGUUGGAGUAUGCCGACAUGUGUCCGGAUCCAGAAGAACUUACAGUGCCCGAAAUUGAUGUUGAACGUUUAUCUUCACACAGUCACACUGAAACUGCAGUGUAAGCCCAUUAUCAAUUUCUCAGGGCCAACUGCAUUACCAGCAGCAGUGUAGCACUAAUAUUAACAAUAGUGUGAUACAUAGCAGCAGCAGCAGUAUGAGCCUGUGGCCACCACCAUUGUUGCUAAUAGGCAAUGCCUGCCUGUGAUGUGGUGCCUAGGUGCUGGGCUCCGCCGCGACUGACAAUUACUGACUGCGAUAAUCAGGGUGGUGGUGCAGGCAGGCUUUAAUAUUGGUGAGAGUUUUUCAAGGGAAGAACAACUAACUGUGGGUGUUUGUACAGGCUUUUUGUUGGUGGGACUGCCUGGCUCCUUUGACUGUUUUGUCUUCCUGGGGGCCUUCUCACCUGCAUUUACCUACCCUGAACACAUAACCUUCAAUGGCACACACCCACCUGUGCCAAUGCCUGUGCCCACCUUUGGUGAACACCCACACUCACUGGUGUACGCCAAGGACUCACUCAACAGUGUGCCGUGCCCCUUGUUUCAUCAUGUCCUACUGUUAAUAGUCUUGUGUAUAGUAAGGGUUGUUAUUGCAUAGUCUACCAAUUAUAGAAGUGGUAAAGGGUUUUUGCCAGAGGGUUAGAUCUGUUGAACAAUACUAAGGACAAAUUACCAUUAUACCUGUAGUCAAAGAAUGUUUUAAAACUCUCUAAGGAAGUUGUGGAAACUUGUAUAUUCCUGAAUGUUCUUGAUUCUUGUUUUCUAAAAACAUGUUGGCUGUUCCUGAUGCUAGAGUCUAUACAUCUCUGUUUUGUUUAUGUUUGGCAGUAUUGUUUUGUCCAUUUGCUGUGUAUGAAAGAUGAGCCCUAGGUUGUGUGAAUGAUGAUACCUCUUAGCUUAACUGGUAUGAUCGUUGCGUUGCUACAGGUUAUGCAGUGGAGUUAGCCUUGUUAAGAGCCCAGCUGCACUGAUACAUAACCACCACAGAUGUCUAUGUUUAAUUAGACAUCUUUGCAUUUAAUACUAAUAUCCUAACAUCAUGGGGGUCGUUUUUAUGGAGCAAUAGUUGUUUUGAAGUAUAUAUAAUAGUGAUGAUGCUUGUCAAUAAUUCAAUCACUGAGGGUAAUUGUCAUGUUAUGUAAUUAUUAAAAUAUUACAAAUAAACUGGUGCACGGUUGUUCACAACCUCAUCACCUGUUACAAUGUUGGCUAGCCAGUGGAACCAAUUCUUUUGUUGUGCUCAUGUGAGGAGCACCUUGAAGGCCUGCAGUUAAGUGCAGCCACCCCUAAAGAAAAGACCUUGGAGUCUCCACCCAUCCCUUGUUAAGAAUGUUGUAAAGGCAUUGCCUGAAAUCAUUCUUGAUGCUUUUAACUAUUUGUUUUUUGCCUUCUGCCUUUUGGUUAGCUUCUUCCAUCAUCACCUUUUUUAACAUCACAACAACUCCAGGUUAACUCUUUGCUAAGGUGUGUGGUCUGCUUUCUCCCAUCCUGUUCUUAAGUGUGGCAAAUAUGCAUUAGUUUUAAGUCAGUUCUCUGGGCUGUUCACCAAACCAUUACACAUAACAAAUUGUAGUUAAUAGAGAACAGAUACUUCAUUCUUUUCUGUAGAAGAAGUGAAAGAUUUUCUAAAUAAGGAAAUGUAAAUCCAAUAAAUGUUAUUGUAAAAUGGUAGUGAUAAACCAAGAUAAACCUUCUAUAAAUCUUCAGUCAUUUUGUGAUGCUCGUCUCUUAAAAUGUCAGCCACAACUUUUAAUCUUUUGUUUGUCAUAUGAUUCUAGGACUGAGGAAGUGUAAGAUCACUUAAAGAUUUGGUAAAAAAGGCCUUGUACUUCUUCUUAUGGUCCAAUAUAUGAUGUAUGUAUGUAUGAAUAUGUGAAUGGUUGUUUGAAAAUGCAUUUAUGCUCGUGAAAGUAAGUGUGUAUGCAUGUGUGUGUGUAUGCGUGAGUGUAUGUGUGUGUGUGUGGGUUUGUGUAGUGUGAAGUAGCAAGGCCAAGGGAACACACUUCAUACAGCAAAAGGAAGGUGUUAUAUUAAAAGAACUAUCCAAUGUUUGGCCACCAUUGUGGUGCGUGAAGGGAUCACCUCCCAAACGCUAAAGCAGCUAUUAAAACUGCCCCUACCCACGCACUUGAACGCGCGUAGUACUUUAGAUUUUUCGUGGAUAUAAACAAAUGGCUUCUAUUGUUAAUAGGAAAAACAUUACUUGUUGCGUUUGUUAACUUUAAAAAUACAGGUUUUCAAGAGUCUAA